AUGCAACUUUUUAUAUACCUAUCACUACUGUUUACCAUAUGUUACGGAGGGGAAUUCCGUGUUAAAAACAACUGUCCAUUUACCGUAUGGGCUAGAACACUUGGUAACCAGGGCCACUAUAACCCCGAAGGUGGUCGAUUCGUACUAACUACCGGUGCCUCCCAUAACUUCAACAUCAACCAGGGUUGGGCCGGGCGUAUAUGGGCCGACACCCUAUGCCAACCGGACGGUUCGCAGUGCAAAACGGGUGGUUGGGGUACGGCUACCACACUGGGCGAGUGGAACCUUGCUGCAAAAACCGGUGACAUGGACUGGUAUGAUAUUAGCUUGGUAGAUGGUUAUAACGUGGGUAUGUGUAUCACACUGAUACCAGGCACAUUUGAUAAACAAGGUCAAGAUCGUUAUAACUGCGGGGAACCGGUAUGUAUAGAGGAUAUGCUGGCUAACUGUCCCGGGGAACUGGCGGUCAAGGAUGACGAUAAGACUAUAGCGUGUAUGAGCGCCUGUGCCAAGUUUAAGACGGAGGCCUAUUGCUGUACCGGUGCCCACGCGCCUAGAGAUAAGUGUGUUAGAGAGUACUGGCCGGUAGACUACCCGUCCAUUUUCAAACACUACUGUCCCGAUGCCUAUAGCUGGGCCUAUGAUGAUGCAUCCAGCAUGUAUGCGUGCAUUGGUAAACCAUAUACUGGGUACGAGGUCACUUUUUGCCCUAAGUAA